CCGACUUGUCCUAUGAUUCAGAUCAUAACUGAAGAUACCUACCUGACGUAUGUAUUGUAUCAGGGUUAGGGCUAAGAACAGUGCAUGACAUCAUCCCGCUUGUAGUUGGCAGUGAUGUCAUGCAUGCCUGCUCAGGUCUGCAACUCCAAGGAGUCCAGAGUGGAAUCAUGAACGUCAUGCUUCAUUUUUCACAUGCGAGCGAGUCCAAGGAAGGAGCGGUCUUUGUGUUCCCCGAAUUCCCAUAAGUAAUCCUGCCAGAAAUAAACACUGGAAGCUUUCAACUACCAAAUAUCCCCCAUACGACCAAUUGGCUUCCGCAUCUUCGCACUACCAAAACAAACAUCAUCGGACAUCUUCCAAUUCACUCCCUCGCAAUGUUCUCCGCUCGAUUCCCAACCGGAGUAGCUCCUAGAGCGGCUCGCAAUGCCCAGGCCAUCCGCACACCACGGUCUCAGCGCCGUUUCCAGUCCACCCAGACCAGCGGAACAAGCUCAAAUCACUUCAUGUCAGGUGUCGCUGGCGGAGUGGCGGGCGCAGGCCUGCUGUACGGCAUCUACCUCAUGACGCCCGCCGGGAAAGCAGCCCGCAAGGUCAAUGCAGCAGCGAAGGAGAUCGACAACAGAUACCAGCAGGUGGCCGCCACGAUAAAGGACAAGACGCCGACAACGGACGAAGCGGUCGACAAGCUCAGGCAGUUCUGCUACUCGUACGUGGCGUGGGUUCCCGGCGGCCGUCAGUAUGUCGACAGCGCCUUCAACGACCUUGAAGCGGUCCGGAAAGAGCACAGCGACGAGGUGGACAAGAUCGUCUCGGAGACAUACAAGGAAUUUCAGGAUGUUGCGAAAAGCGGUUUGAGUUUCGAGUCGAUGACCAAGGCAUACGAUGCGCUCGCGAACCUGGCAGGGAAGGUCGCCAGUCUUAGCGGCAGCGCAGCCGACCAGCUCCUCGAACGCCACCCGCAAUUAAACGACAAGGUCGGCGAGCCCAUCAGGCAGCUCAAGCAGAUGGGCAAGGAUUACGGCCCGGAGGCCAGGAAGCUGGUAGACGAGACAUGGAACCAGGUCAACGACGCCCUGUCUAGCGGAUUCUCGGUCGAGACCGCGGAUAAGGUGCGGAAGCUUGUCGAGGAGCGGACCGAGCAGGUCCGUAAGAUCGGCGAUGAUCUGUGGGACAAGGGGUUGGAGCAGGCGAAGCCAUACCUCGACAAGAACCCGCGGGUCAAGGAGUUGAUCACGGAAAACCAGGAGGCCCUCAAGCAAGGGAAUAUGAUGGCCUUGUUCGGGCAGCUUAAGAAGCUCGGAGAGGGCGGCGAUACGGGCAAGCUUGAGGACUACGUCAAGCAGGCCGUCGACAAGGCCAAGUCAACCGGCGCCAAGGCGGUGGGUGGAAGCAGCAGCUUCGCAGCGCUCGCCAAGGUCUUUGGAACGUCUUCGGACGAGGCAGGCCGCAUGAUCCAGGAAAAUGUCGGGUUGUUGACCGAGGUGGCGAACAAGCAUGCAUCGGAGGGCAAGGCGCUGCUGGAGGAGACCAGGGACGACCUCAAGAAGCUAUUGGAGGAAAAGGCGAAUAAGGCACGGAAGAUCGCAGACAAGGCGAAGAGUGGGCAGUAAUUGUGAGACUGUGCUCGUCUGUACAUUACUAUAGCAUUCUAGAGUAGCCCUGGGCAUUUAAACGUUAGCACUGCAUUUCCAUAUUGCAAACAAGAGAUGGC